AUGUUGGAAAGAGAGAUGAUGGACCUGUUCACCAACACUCUGGAGGGCCAAUACUACUCCGCCUGCUCUGCAUCCUCGAGUUUCGCCGAGUUGGUUAUGAUCGGUGAACGAAUUGAAAGUGGGAUUAAGGCUGGCAGAAUACAGAAUCCCAGUGAUGCUAGUUCCUCCUCUGGGGCUGGUGGAAAGAAGCCAUACAAUGGGUUUGCCAAGAAAAGGGAAGGAGAGACUAGUGCUGCUUACUAUGGUGGAGGCAGAAAUCAGGCUCAUCAACAAGUAGCCGUUGUGACUAUACCAAAUGCUCCCUUCCAACAUCAACAACAAGGGUAUCAGCCACGUCAGUAUCAACAACGGCCGAAAAUGCCAGAAAGGGUUUUCGAUCCGAUCCCGAUGACAUAUGCUCAAGUAUUGUCAUAUCUCCUCGAUUUGAAGUUAGUACAAUUGAGAACUCUAGCCACUCCUGCUAAGUUGCCCGCUAAUUGGGAUGCCAACGCAAGAUGCGAGUUCCACUCUGGGGCACCUGGGCACAAUAUUGAAAAUUGUAAGGCAUUGAAAAAUCUGGUUCAAAAUCUUCUCGACUCUAAGGCCAUUGAGUUUACUCCUACUCAAGGACCUAAUGUUGUUCAAAAUCCCAUGCCUCCCCAUGGAACUCAUGCUGCAAAUGCCAUCGAGGUUGUUGAAGACGCUCACCUGGUCAAAGAUGUGACCGAAUUGGGCUCUCUGUUGCCAUUAUUGAAGAUAGAACUAUUAAGGAUGGGUCUAUACUCUGAUUGUGGAGAGUUCUGUACCGAUUGCACGACCAUUUCUUCAGUUUGUGACAAGGUAAAAAAUGGUGUUCAACAUUUGAUGUAUAGUGGGUAUCUACAGUUUGAGCGUGUGCAACGUCCCGAAAUGGUUGAAAACGCAGUUAAUGUGGCAUCCAUCCCGUAUACUCCUGCCAAGAUUCCAAUUCCUGCCAGGGCACCUCCUUUGGUUAUUACACUUCCUGGCCCCGUCCCGUAUACUAGUGAAAGAGCAAUCCCAUGGAUUUAUGGGGGAGAAGUUUUCUACCAAGGGGCCAAGUAUGAGGUCAAAGCGCCGGUGGAGAAAGAGGAUGUUGAUAAUGUUGUGGGCAUUGGAAGAAUGACGAGAAGUGGUCGUAUUUUCAAUCCUCCCCAGAAUACUCGCGAUGACAACGCAGAAGCUCUAGCUCAAGCAAAAGGGAAAAAAGUGGUAGAAGAUACAGUGGAUCAGGGGCAAAACUCUAAUUCUGAAGAUACUGUGGCCAAAGAGAUGGAAGAGUUCCUAAAGAUCAUCAAGAAAAGUGAGUAUAAAGUUGUUGACCAGUUGAGUCAAACUCAAUCAAAGAUUUCGAUCUUGCAGUUGCUCUUGUAUUCAGAAACACAUCGAAAUGCUUUGCUAAGACUUUUAAGUACUGCUUUCGUCCCUCCAGAGAUCUCAGUGAAUCAACUUGAAGGGGUGGUGUCAAACAUCAAUGCUGGUAAUGGAUUGGGAUUCACCGAUGCAGAUUUGCCUUCCGAAGGUAGAAACCACAAUAGAGCCUUGCAUAUAUCAGUGGAGUGUAAAGGGACUAUGUUAUCACGUGUUCUCGUGGAUAAUGGAUCUUCUUUGAAUGUGUUGCCGAAGUCGUCCUUGAUGAGGCUAGAUUAUUCUGGUGUUGAGAUAAGGCCGAGUGAAUUGACGGUGAGGGCCUUUGAUGGGUCAAAGAGAUCAGUAUUUGGGGAGGUUGACUUGCCGAUAAUGAUAGGCCCUCAACUCUUCACUAUUACUUUCUUUGUGAUGGAUAUCCACCCGUCUUACAGUUGUCUCCUGGGACGUCCAUGGAUCCAUGCUGCUGGGGCCGUGACUUCCACAUAG